AUGACGGUACGACUCAACGAGGAUGGCACAAUCUACUGUGGCGCUUUAGAAACUCUCAGCAGCUACACGCCUAGCAUUGCUCAGAUGAAGUCGGGCACUGGCUUGGUGGGCCACGAUUACGCUUCUGUCACUGCCAACAGUGACGUGAAUCUGGUGGUGGGCAUCCUCACGCCAGCCACGCUCUACGACGUGUUUUGCUAUGCGGAGGAUUUGUUUGUGAAUGGUUUGACCUUGGCCCAGGUGGCUGGCACCAAGACCAGCUUGGCCACGGCCUCGGGCGGCGAUUACACGGCGCCCACCUUCAGCUACAUCUCGCCGAACUACCAAGUUGAAAGCAUUGCAAUGACCCUUUACUUUCAGCUGAGCGAGGAUGGGACUGUUUGGUGCGUGGCCAAGGUUGAUACAGGCUCUGGCACCACCAGACCUUUGGCCUCAGACUUCUUGUUGGACCAAAACGUGGACGCUUGGGGCACGCAGACGGUGUCUGCGGCACUGAGUUAUCAGGCGUCCAUCACCUUGACCGGGCUGACGGAGGACACAGACUACGAUGUUUAUUGUUUUGCCGAGGACUGGGGCUGGCCAAACGAACCCUACUGUAGAGGCAAGAUCGAUGCAACCAAGUUGGACGUUCGUACUCUGGCAGUGCUGAUCGCCUCGCGGUUGAGCGUGACGAGCAGCCCAGGGACCCAGUACGUGGUGAAGCCCGCUGCUUGGAACACGGUGCUACCCAUUUGCUCUCCAGCCACAGGGCCAAAAAGACGUUGUGAGGCUGAUGCAGAGUCUUGGAGGAUGACGCCACUCUAUCAGAAUCCUGGCUGCAGCGAAGCGUCAUCACAGACCAUCCUCACCAUGGCUUUGGCGCAUUGCUGGCUGCCCCACGCCAUGGAGGGCCCUUCGCCCUUCUCCUUCGGCGUGGCAAGUGCAGUUUUGCUCAGAAAGCCGAGAGGGCACUGGAAGCAGGUGUCCUCGAGCUUCCUGCCAGACAUGACGACAGAUGGCGGUAGCAUCACCAUUCCGAAGCUUGGUUUGCAAGGCUUUCAGGUGCCAGAGACUUGGGUCAUGAGCAAAGCUGAUGGGGAGGCCAUGCUGCUCUUGAGCCCUGCUGCAGGACUGGUGGCCAAUCGAUAUCUCACCAUGGAGAUCGAAGAUGCGCACCGAGUCCCAUCCAUGGGACUCUACCAGAGCGAUGUUUAUGGGCAAAGGAUCUAUACCACGCAGCAUGAAUGCGCGGACUCCAUCGCAUGGAACACCAUCCGGCUGCCAGACAUGGCGAACUCGAGCGGGCUCCGGUGGGUUCAGGCCAUGGGGCUCAUAGAGCUAUGUUCAUGUCAAGCAGGUCAUUCACAUCCUAACCACUCUGGAACCAACCAUUCAGAUGCAGCGUUGGAUGGCGAAGAUGUACCGCUGGAGAUGGGGAUCCUCACGCAGUUGAUCUCGCUGAUCCAGGAUCCCUUUGCGACGACACCGACCCGCGCGGGUUCACACCGAGCCGCGCAGAGCUCGCAGCUGACCGAGGACCUUUGGCCAUGCGUACAAAAGCGGAGGGCACAGGCGGCGUCCUUCCUGGCGGCCAAGCCGGGCGCGUCGCCAGCGCCGGAGAGUUCGGGCGACCGGGUUAUCCGUGUGCCCGCUGGCUACGGUGAUGGUGACGGCGACGGCCUUCCCGGUCAAGGUUACCAAGGCAACAUGGCUGGCCAUGGCAUGGCUGGAUUUGACCAGGGCUAUGGCUAUGGCAUGGAUGAAAGCUACAGCCAGCCGGGCAUGGUGAACCAGGGCAACUAUGGCAUUCAGGGGCUGGCAAAUGGCACCUUUGGAGGCGCUUCAGCUGCCGGCGCCGGUGCUGUUGGUGCAGCGGGCGGUGCCGCCGGCGCUGCUGGUGCUGGGACGAAGACGGUGAAGAUGCCCGCACCCGGGUGCAACCCUGGGAGCUGUCCAGACCCUCCAGAGCCUGGGAUGGUGUGCGAACCCUGUGGAGAGGUCUCCAGACACAUGGGUCCAGGGCCUUACUCCCAGUAUGGGCAGCAAGCUGCCAUGCGCCGUGGCAUCCUGCAGCGCUAUGCCGAGAUCGCGGCCGCCGGGCCCGCGGCCUUUGGCCUAGGUGCUGCCGCUGGUGCUGAUGGCUUGGGUUCAGGAGCGCCGAGCGCCGAAGAGGCUUCUUCGCCGACACUACGAUGCGGGUUGAAGUACUGACCUUCAUUGGCAGAGUGUAUGGAGCUGGGGAUUAUGGCCCGUUAGGCUGCGAUGGAGCAUUGUUGAGGAGUUUGGCCGUGUGCCAGGCCCACUGACGGGUCAGAUGGGUUGGUGCCGGUUGCGGUGCCUUCUGCUGGGCCAAAGAGAGGUGCUUUGAAUCGGAAGUGCCGGAUGCCUUGAAUGCAGAGCUUCGUGCCAAAAGCAAAGGGGGGGUCGCACGGAG